AUGAGUGAUAAUACUGAUGACAGGCCCAAGUUAGAGCAAGUUAAGAGCACUGAAAUCCCCACUUCACCCAGAUAGAUUACUUAGAAACCCUCUUCGUUUCAGAUGCUUUAGAGCAAUACUACUUUCGAAAAGCUACUCAAUAAAGAUAUACAAGAAAAGCCCACAUUCGAGGAAAUAAUAGUGAUUUUGUAAAAGAAAAGUGACUGGAGGAAUAGAGAAGAGAUUAAGAAAUUGAUUUAUUUUUUCUAGGGCUUGAGUUUUUUCGAAUCACUAAAAAAGGAAAGCGAAGUUGACGAGGAUAUUAUCUACUAGUGCUGUAGAGAACUUAAAUGCAGGAAAUAUGCCACUGAUUAAAAGAUCAUUCAGUACGGGGAAGAUGGAAAUGAGUUCUAUAUCAUUAUCAAAGGAGAAGUAGAUAUUCUUACUCCAAAAACUGUUGAGGUUCAGCUGAGUCAGAGCGAGUUACAUGAAUAUAUUGAUUUAAACCAAGAGUUAAUAAUCUGGGACAGACAUAACAAGCACCUGCUUGAGCAAUAUCAUGACCAGAACAGAGCAUCGAAUUCUUCGUCCAACCUACUUAAAUCUUAAAUGUCCUCUGUAGGAGGAACUAUGAGAGGAAUGAUGAAGAGAUCAUUUUAGACUUUAAUGUUGUCCCAAGAUAGAGAGAUAUAAGCUCCUUAUGAGUUCUAAUUUCUUACAACAUCGCUGACUUUGAAUUCAGGACUAGGGUUUGGAGAGCUUGCCUUGAUGAAUUCAAGCAGUAAAAAGCCAGAGAAAAGAGCUGCUACCGUCAUUAGCAAAACUGAAUCUUAUCUUGCUGUAUUAGAAAGAGAUGAUUUUACCAAGGUCUUCCUCUAUAGUAUGUAGAAAAAGCUAGAUGCUAAGGUAGAGUUCUUUAAGAAUUUCAGGAUAUCUGAGGGUAUAUCACGCACUAAUCUUAACAAAUUAAGUUAUUAUUUGAAGGAAAAACAGUUUAGAAGAAGAGACAUAGUGUUUAAGGAGGGAGAUGUUGCAGAUGUAGUAUAUUUCAUCAAAGAGGGGGAAUUCGAGACGAAAUUGGAUAAAGUUACAGUGCAAAAAGGCCAAACAACUUUAUUAAAGAAUAUAGAGGUUAAGGUCUCCAUUAUUGGACCAAACCAAAUAAUAGGCCUUGAUGAUCUUAAUAAGGAAAAGACCACCUAUAGAUAAAACAAAGUGCAAUUAAAUGAGUCACAGCGUAUUAAGGAGCCAUUCUUUUCACAGAGACUUAAUAUUCUAUAAAAUCAGGCGAAUAGAGAAAAUAUGAAAUGGCUUUAGCAAAAAGAGAGGUACAUGUCUAGAGAAACAUUGAGUCAAGACACACUAAAAGAGUGCAAAAAUGUAGUGGACUCUGUCUAGAAUGAGGAGCUUUGUAACUUGCUUCUCAGACAUAAGCUGUUAAAGCGACCCUAGAUUAAAAUCGAAAGAGUGACUUCAACUUAGGUAAUGGAAGAGGAGGAAUUGCUUAAUGACUAUGAUCCUAAUAGAUAUAGUAACAAGGAAUACUUCCUCAAGAUGUCUAAGCUUUAUAACCAGUUUGUUUUCAAUACGAAUCAGUUUUAAUCUAAUAAUGGCAAGUAAAAACCUUAAACGAGACAUUAAAGUCCCUCGCCAACUAAUAAAAUACUUAGUUAAGAUGAUUAAUAGCAGUUUAUACUUUAGCAUGCUUCUUCAACUAUAGAUUUAGAGAGUAAAAAGAAUAAUGUAUAAAUAUCUCCCAAGGUGCUGAAGACUUCAGCCUCGUAAAAACACGGCACUAUUUAUUAUAAUUAGAGCACAACUUUUUCAUCAAUCAAGGAAAACUAACUAAAAAUGACUUAAAACAAUAAAGCUGGUAAUCAGCUUAUUAAAAAUCCAAGUUUUAGAUCUUUGAAUUCUCCCUAAGCAUUAGGAUUCAAUAAGCUAUAGUCUGAAUUUGACAAGCAAGGAGGAGAAGAUGGAAGAUUUCCAGAGUUCAAAAUUUCUCUCAAAAAGAAUUUAAGUAAUGUAAACUUAAUGAAUCCAAUUAACGAAUAAAUAAAUGCAUAGCCUACUCUACCUGAUUAAUAAAAGCCCUAGUAGAAUACUUAGCGAACAAAUAACAACAAAAUAAUGGGAAACAUCAUUAUAGAAGAGAGUUUAAUGAGUAAUAGUAACCAGAUUCAGGGACUCACGUCAGUUAAUAACUAACCACCUUAAACCGGAAUUGCUACCAUAAAUAAUCUAGCAAAGUAAAGAACUAGAAAGCAGGAGGUAUUGAAGUAAAUAGUAACUGAUAGCACUAACUAAAACCAGCCAAACGGCACUUAUACUAUAUCAAUGAAUCAGUCACAAAUCGAUAACUAUCCUAACAUUGAAAAUUAGACUCAUCAGUCCAUUAAUCUUAACGAUUCUUAGCAGCAAAAGCAAUUGAGAACUUUGGAUGUGCAAAAAAUUGGUAGAGUUACAUCAGGAGAAAAGAGUAAAUUGCUAAUGCACAACUCUAGUUCCCCUCAGUUUAACAUUAAUAAGAUGAGUUAAGGCAAAGAGGACCAGGUGCCUUUAAGUUCAGAUAGUAAACGCCUCAACCGAAGAUAGAAGUCUCAAAUACAGAUCAGAACUGUAAAGGCUAUGAAAGGUAAAAAGAAUAGUUUGACUAUUGAGGAUAUUCAAGCUCAUUUACAGCAAAGUUAGAAUAGUUUACUAAAAUUACUAGAAAAACGGCUAAAGGAAAAGCAUGACAUGCAAAUGACUGAUAACAAUCUACUGCAUUAACAACUUCAUUUCAUGAAUACACAGGGAAAAUUAUAGGAUAUAGAAAGCAAUAAAUUCUAGACCUCAAGGCAAAAAGUCCUCUCUUCUUAGUAUAAUAUUCACAGCAACAAUGGGAACGGGAUGCCUAAUCCAUCUUACUUUGGAUAACCAUUCUCUCCAAAUGCAAAGUCUACUUAUUCAAAUGAUAUGAACCCAUCAUAGAAAUCAAACAUAUACUUUAAUAUGUAUAUAACUAAAAAAAGACUGUGA